UCUAUUGGAGUUAAGAUGAAUUACAUGAGAGCUGAUGUUGCGGCACCACAAUGUCCUGCACCGAGUGUGGGUAUUAUGAAUUCAUUGGUUACUUUAUUGGUGCAGAGUUUAUAUACGGCUCAAUGUAAUAUCUCAAAAAGUGACUAUUGGCCACCAGAUUAUGCGGAGACAGCUUUGAAAUCUGGUUUGGAGUCUUAUGAUUUUGUGGUGGUGGGUGCAGGUUCUGCUGGCUCAGUAGUAGCCAGUCGUUUAAGUGAAAAUCUCAACUGGAAAGUGUUAGUUUUGGAAGCAGGCGGUGAUCCUCCUCAAGAAUCAGAGGUAAUUGGCAUUUUUAUUCCCAGUUUCUUUUUUGGUGUGCAAAAUACGAAUUUUACCUAUAGCUAUUUAACGGAACCCAGCGACAUAUCUUGUAAGGCUUAUAAAGAUAACAGAUGUCAUUGGCCUCGUGGUAAAGUAAUUGGCGGUACUGGUGCUAUUAAUGGAAUGAUUUAUUUAAGAGGCAAUCGUUUUGAUUAUGAUCGCUGGCUAGCGGAAGGCAAUAGCGGUUGGGGUUAUGAGGAUGUUUGGUCAUAUUUUGAGAAAUCCAUUAGACCGGUGGGCAAUGCAACUCAUCCUCAAGGUUAUGUUACCCUUAAUGAGUUUCCACGUUUUGAUGAGGACAUAUUCUCCAUGAUUUUCAAAGGUACCGGAGAGUUGGGCAUACCUAGAGUUGAGGAAUUUGGUGAAGGUAGCUAUAUAGGUUAUAGUCAUGUAAAGUGUACUACGCAAAAUGGCCGCAGAUCCAGUACCGGCAAAGGACAUUUGGGCAAAGUUUCCCAAAGGCCAAAUUUAAAAGUAAUUAAAAAUGCCCAAGUUACUAAACUGGAAUUCGAUAACACAGGUCAAACAGUAAAAUCUGUGGAAUUUUUAAUAAAACAACAACAUAAACUUAAAGUGGUGGUCAAGCGUGAAGUUGUUAUAUCAGCGGGCACCAUAGAUUCGCCUAAACUGUUAAUGCUGUCAGGCGUGGGUCCGGAAUACAAAUUAAAACCCUUAAAUAUUCCAGUUAUCAAAAAUCUACCCAUAGGAGAAAAUUUGCAAGAUCAUGUCAUGAUUCAAGUAUAUCUACGCCUGCCAGCUAAUCCUCCCGAUCAGAAACAACUACUGGACACUAUUUAUCAAUAUUUAAUACACAACAGAGGACCUUUAAGUUCCCAUGGUACCGCCUCUUUAACUGGCUUCAUAAACACAGAUUUAACAACAAAUACUCCCUAUCCCGAUAUGGAAUUUCAUCAUAUUAUGCUUAGAAGGGGUGAUAUCAUGGGCUUGGAUAUACUUUUAAAUGGUUUCAAAGUAAAAGAUGAAUUAAGGCCAUUUUUUAGGGACACUGUUGAAAAAUUCGAUAUGAUGACCAUAUUUGCAGUUUUAGCCCAUCCCAAAUCCAUGGGAGAUAUAACACUUAAAUCUACUUCUCCUCAAGAUCCACCCAUAAUCAAUGCAAAUUAUUUAUCAGCUCAAGAAGAUGUAGAAGUUUUGUUGCGAGGAAUGGAAUAUUUAAUGAGUUUGGAACAGACUCAAGCCUUCCGGGAAAAACAGGUUGAAAUCCUACAAAUACCCAUUAAGGAGUGUGAUCAAUUUGAGUUUAAAACGGAACAAUAUUGGAGAUGUUAUUUCACUUAUUUCUCUACUACUUGUUAUCAUCCGGCAGGUUCGGUUAAAAUGGGUCCUUUGGAUGAUAACAGUACUUGUGUCGAUCCUAGACUUAAAGUUAAGGGUGUGAAUAAUUUACGUGUGGUUGAUGCUUCAAUAAUGCCACAUAUUCCUAGUGCUAAUAUAAAUGCGCCGACUAUUAUGAUUGCGGAAAAGGCGGCAGAUCUUAUUAAGGAAGACUGGUCGUCGGCUCAAUACAAAAAAUGAUCGUGAAUUGUUAGUUUAAAUUUUAAUGGUAAAUAUGAUAUGAUCAUAAAGUGAAGGCAGCUUAACUUUAGUUGUAAUUAUGUUUAAAUUCUAUUAAAAUAAAAGUGUUAAUUAUUUAAUAUUAUUAUUACUAUUAUUAUUUUUGAAACUGAUCACAAAAA